AUGAGAGGCAUUGCUGCUGCUCAGGGAGAGGAGGCGAGGAAGGCGGCAAUCGAGCUGGCUGAGGGGCUGGCGCUGUUGAAGGAAGCCUUUGACAAGACUAGCAAAGGAAGGGACUUCUUCAGUGGAGACAAAAUUGGGUAUCUUGACAUUUUAUUUGGGUGCUUCCUGCGGUGGCUAAGAGUGACAGAGAAGAUGAAUGGCGUCAAACCGCUGGACGAAACAAAGACACCAGGGCUGGCCAAAUGGGCUCACAAGUUCUGUGCAGCUGCUUCUGUGAAAGAUGUUAUGCCUGAGACUGAGAAGCUUGCUGAGGUUGCUAAGAUUAUUACGGCCAAAUAG